GUACCCGUGGGCUUUUCCCUAGCCUACCUUCCCCGGCAUCUAGGUACACUCUCUCUUUUGCUCGCAGCCCUUCCUCACCUUUUUUUUUCAUCCCUCGUCUUUAUUUUGUCGGUAGAGAUGGCGUCCUGCUCUCCUUUUGAGGAUUACCAAGUCGAUCAGGUUUUAACCUUAAGCGUCAUUCAAAAACGCGGCGAAAUCGUACAAUCGACCUCGACGGUUCGUGCACGAAUUCGGCAGCUCCAGAGUUUCCGCACGCUUUCUUGCUGCGUGAUUGUGGACCUACUGGGCGAAAGCUGUCCCGAAAAUCCGGUGUUCCUAAAGCUUUACGACAGGCGCUUCUCCGAGCAACUUCGGCGCGAUCACGGAAUCGACCAGUGGACCGUAGAUGUGGAAAAGGAGUACAUCAAGGCCGUCCGGACGGGCGCAGCGCGCCAAUUUCUUCGCAGCCUCCAGACCAUUCCUAACUUUGAGGAGGAGACGGGGGAGACUUGGGACGACGGCGACAUCGAGACAUUCCUAACUGACCAAGCUCACAAACUGUUCGAGGCCGAGAUCACCGUGUACGAUACACUUCGUGGCAUCCAGGGAAAGAUGGUUCCCCGCCUUGUAGCACCCGUCCAUCUCGACCUCUCCCUCCAAAACGACGGCAUCGGCCACACCGACGACGCGGAACUGCUCCACAUCAAAGGAAUAUUGCUUCAGUACAUUGACGGUUUCUCCCUAUCGAAGGUGCAAGAUCACGCACCAAAAUCUGAAUGGCAAGGCAUCGUUGAUCAAGCGGUCGCCAUCGUCCAGGUGCUCGGCGACCACGGCGUCCUUAAUAGAGAUGUGCGACCCGACAACUUUAUCGUCCAGCGUGACGAGGUGGAUAGUUAUCGGGUGUUCAUGAUUGACUUUGGCUGGCUCGAUUGCGAGGCUCGAACGAGUCGGACCGCGAUUGGGCCAAGGCUAAGUUGGAAAAGGACGAGGAGGGAGCGGUCGGCUGGUGAUGAAGAAGCGGCUUGCCAGAGAAGGAUUUGAGCUCCGAUUCGAGAAUUCCGAUAGGUACAUGGAAUGGGCUGGGGAAGAUGACGAAUGAUUGUAUCUGUCCGGCCAGAGUAAAUUGAACCAUCGGACUCGAAGGACUCGGGCGCGAAACCGGAGGUCGAGACUGCUAAGUCUGGAACGGCAUCUCUCCUUCUAGCUGUCCCCACUUGCGUGUAACCAAUAUCAUACCAUAACUAAAGACCUAUCGACGUUGUAUGGCAAACAGAUGUUGAGCAAGUGGGAGACGGAUUAGAAUCGUCGCCGUCUAGCUCCUGCGUGUGUGCCCGAAACUCGG